AUGGCUGACAACCUCAACAUGAACGGACUGUCCCUCAAGGACUCGCAGCACGCUCCGAACGGGGCUCCCCAGCAGAACGGCGGCUUCGAGAAAGCGGCCUACAUCCCACCGCACAUGAGGCAGCGCGGCGGUCCGCCACCACCAGGCGGAGCCCCUAACGGCUUCGACGGCGGCCCACCACCUCCGAUGGCCAACGGCCUCAACAGCAGCGCGUGGGCACCACCACCAGGCCAGCAGGCACCCAACGGCUUCGGCGGCCCAGGCGGCCCACCACCACCACGCGGCCAGGGCAACUGGGGCGCUGCUCAGGCCUUCACCCCUCGCGGCAACUGGGACAACUCGCCUCAGCUUCCUCGCGGCUUCGAUCGUAACGCGUACGGCGCACCUGGCGGCGGCGGCAGCGGCGGUGGUCGCUCGGCCAUGGGUUCAGGAGACGGACAGUGGAGAGACGGCAAGCAUGUGCCAGGCCCGGCGAACCCGCGUGUCGAGCGUGAGCUCUUCGGCGUUCCCAACGACCCUGCGAAGGCCACCUCCGGCAUCAACUUUGAGAAGUACGACGACAUCCCAGUCGAAGCUUCCGGUCGGGAUGUGCCAGAGGCCGUCACCACCUUCACCAACCCACCGCUCGACGACCAUCUCCUCACCAACAUCGAUCUCGCCGGCUACAAGGUGCCGACGCCGGUCCAGAAGUACUCCAUCCCGAUCGUCAUGGGCGGCCGUGACUUGAUGGCUUGUGCUCAGACCGGUUCCGGCAAGACUGGUGGCUUCCUCUUCCCGAUCCUGUCUCAGGCCUACCAGACGGGCCCGGCUGCUCCGGCGCCCCAGCAGGGAGGCUUCGCUCGUCAGCGCAAGGCCUACCCCACCACUCUCAUCCUCGCUCCCACUCGUGAGCUCACCUCCCAGAUCCACGAAGAGGCUCGCAAGUUCGCGUACCGCUCCUGGGUGCGUCCUUGCGUCGUCUACGGAGGUGCGGACAUCGGCUCUCAGCUCCGUCAGAUCGAGCGUGGCUGUGACCUGCUCGUCGCCACCCCAGGCCGUCUUGUUGACCUCAUAGAACGAGGGCGGAUCUCUCUCGCCAACAUCAAGUACCUGGUGCUGGACGAGGCUGACCGUAUGCUUGACAUGGGUUUCGAGCCGCAGAUCCGCCGCAUCGUCGAGGGUGAAGACAUGCCGCAGACCAACAACCGCCAGACGCUUAUGUUCUCGGCCACCUUCCCCCGCGACAUCCAGAUGCUCGCCCGCGACUUCCUCCGUGAGUACAUCUUCCUCUCGGUUGGUCGUGUCGGCUCCACUUCGGAGAACAUCACGCAGAAGGUCGAAUACGUCGAAGACAACGACAAGCGCAGCGUGCUGCUCGACAUCCUGCACACGCAUGGUGUGGGUUUGACCCUCAUCUUCGUCGAGACCAAGCGCAUGGCCGACACCCUCUCCGACUUCCUGAUCGCUCAGGGCUUCCCAGCGACCUCCAUCCACGGCGAUCGCACCCAGCGCGAGCGUGAGAGGGCUUUGGAGAUGUUCCGUAACGCUCGCUGCCCGAUUCUGGUGGCUACGGCUGUUGCCGCUCGUGGUUUGGACAUACCGAAUGUUAAACAUGUUGUCAACUACGACCUCCCCACCGACAUCGACGACUACGUCCACCGUAUCGGUCGUACUGGGCGUGCCGGCAACACUGGAAUGUCCACAGCCUUCUUCAACCGCGGCAAUAGGGGCGUCGUGCGCGAUCUCAUCGAUCUGUUGAAGGAGGCCAACCAAGAGGUGCCCGGCUUCCUGGAGAGCAUCGCUCGUGAGGGCUCCGGCUUCGGUGGAGGUCGCGGUGGCCGCUCUGGCGGUCGUGGCCGUGGCUCUUCUGCCAUGAAGGACGUGCGUACCUAUGGCGGUGGUCAGCGCCCGCAGUACGGGGGCGGCAUGGGCAUGGGUAUGGGCGGAUACAGUGGUGGUGGCGGCGGCUACGGCGGCGGCGCUGGCUACGGUCCUCCAGGCGGCGGCAUGGGUGGUGGCUACGGCGGAGGCAGUUACGGCAACCCCAGCGGUGGCGGUGGCCAGAGCUGGUGGUAA